AUGAAAUCUCGCGUCUUGUGACGGCCGGCCGCCCAACAACCUGCCCGCUUGACCCUAUCCCCUCCUCUCUUCUCCAGACCAUUUCCGGAGACCUUCUCCCUUACCUCACCUCGCUCAUCAACUCAUCCCUGACCGCUGGCUACGUCCCUUCCGUCUUCAAGAGAGCGAGAGUUGCACCCCUUCUGAAAAAACCUACACUCGAUCCCUCCGAUGUCAACAACUACAGACCAGUAUCCCUUCUUUCUUUUCUCUCCAAAACUCUUGAACGUGCCGUCCUUGGCCGGCUCUCCCGCUAUCUCUCUCAGAAUGACCUUCUUGAUCCAAAUCAGUCAGGUUUCAAGACUAGUCAUUCAACUGAGACUGCUCUUCUCUGCAUCACGGAGGCGCUCCGCACUGCUAAAGCUAACUCUCUCUCCUCUGCUCUCAUCCUUCUAGACCUAUCGGCUGCCUUCGAUACUGUGAACCAUCAGAUCCUCCUCUCCACCCUCUCCGAGUUGGGCAUCUCCGGCGCGGCCCACGCUUGGAUUGCGUCCUACCUGACAGGUCGCUCCUACCAGGUGGCGUGGCGAGAAUCUGUCUCCUCACCACGCGCUCUCACCACUGGUGUCCCCCAGGGCUCUGUUCUAGGCCCUCUCCUAUUCUCGCUAUACACCAAGUCACUUGGCUCUGUCAUAACCUCACAUGGUCUCUCCUAUCAUUGCUAUGCAGACGACACACAAUUAAUCUUCUCCUUUCCCCCUUCUGAUGACCAGGUGGCGAAUCGCAUCUCUGCAUGUCUGGCAGACAUAUCAGUGUGGAUGACGGAUCACCACCUCAAGUUGAACCUCGGCAAGACGGAGCUGCUCUUCCUCCCGGGGAAGGACUGCCCGUUCCAUGAUCUCGCCAUCACGGUUGACAACUCCAUUGUGUCCUCCUCCCAGAGCGCUAAGAACCUUGGCGUGAUCCUGGACAACACCCUGUCGUUCUCAACUAACAUCAAGGCGGUGGCCCGUUCCUGUAGGUUCAUGCUCUACAACAUCCGCAGAGUACGACCCUGCCUCACACAGGAAGCGGCGCAGGUCCUAAUCCAGGCACUUGUCAUCUCCCGUCUGGAUUACUGCAACUCGCUGUUGGCUGGGCUCCCUGCCUGUGCCAUUAAAUCCCUACAACUCAUCCAGAAUGCCGCAGCCCGUCUGGUGUUCAACCUUCCCAAGUUCUCUCACGUCACCCCGCUCCUCCGCUCUCUCCACUGGCUUCCAGUUGAAGCUCGCAUCCGCUACAAGACCAUGGUGCUUGCCUACGGAGCUGUGAGGGGAACAGCACCUCAGUACCUCCAGGCUCUGAUCAGGCCCUACACCCAAACAAGGGCACUGCGUUCAUCCACCUCUGGCCUGCUCGCCUCCCUACCACUGAGGAAGUACACUUCCCGCUCAGCCCAGUCAAAACUGUUCGCUGCUCUGGCCCCCAAUGGUGGAACAAACUCCCUCACGACGCCAGGACAGCGGAGUCAAUCACCACCUUCCGGAGACACCUGAAACCCCACCUCUUUAAGGAAUACCUAGGAUAGGAUAAGUAAUCCUUCUCACCCCUCCCCCCCUAAAAGAUUUAGAUGCACUAUUGUAAAGUGGCUGUUCCACUGGAUGUCAUAAGGUGA